AUGUGGCUUGGAGAAAAUGUUGAGCAAUCCAAAUCUGAGCCCCCAAAGUUCUCACUAUGUUGUUGGAAGGGGAGAGUCGUCAUUCCAUUGUUGCAAAAACCUCCUAAGUUAUUAAGUGAUCUUUUAGAGAAUAGACAUCACAAGAGCACAAAAUUUAUCGAAGAUAUUCGUGCUUACAAUAUGAUGUUCUCAUUUACUUCGAUGGGUGGAAAGUUAGAUUAUUCCAUUAAUAAAGGUGCAGGUCCAUAUACAUAUCGUCUGGGAGGUCAAAAUAUUCACCGCAUCGGUAGUUUGUUGCCAAUAGAAGGGUGUUCUCCAAAGUUCUCACAGCUCUAUAUUUUCGAUCCAAAUUCAGAAGUAGAACACCGCAAGAAUGCUGUCAGUACCAACAAAUCGAAGGAUUUGGAUGACUCGAUUGUGAUUGCCCUAAAACAAAUGAUUGAUGGCAACAGUCCUUAUGCAAAGGUUUACCGAAUGACUGCUGAUCAUAUUUCACAUGAUAGUUCGGUCGAUGUGAAACUCCGACUUGUAGGAAAGAGAUCAAAGGAUGGUAGGGCAUAUAAUAUGCCGACUGCACCAGAGGUAGCUGCUCUUAUUGUUGGAGAUUUUGAGUCAAUGCCUGACAAGAGAGAUAUAAUUAUUCAGAAGUGUUGUGGCAAACUUCAGCGCAUCUCAGAAUUUCAUCCUUCUUACCUCCCAUUGCAAUAUCCGCUUAUAUUCAAUUAUGGAGAAGAUGGAUAUUAUCUAGAUAUUCCACAUGCUGAAACUGACACCAGUAAGAGAAACAAACUCACGCUAAGAGAGUUCUUAGCAUUUAGGAUGCAAGACAGAGAAAAUGAAGGACAACAACUUCUUCUUGCAAGGAGGUUACUUCAACAAUUUAUUGUUGAUGGUUACACCAUGAUGGAAACGCAGAGGCUGCAAUGGCAUCGUUACCAUCAGCCAUCCCUUAGGUGCGAAAAAUAUAGUAACCUGAGAGAUUUCAAAACCAAAGGGAAUGACGCCAGUUCAUCUAUUGGUAAACCAAUCAUACUACCAUCAUCAUUCAUUGGAGGAAAGCGGUAUAUGAUUCAGAAUUAUCAGGAUGCCAUGGCUGUUUGUAGGUGGACUGGAUAUCCGUCGUUAUUUAUUACUUUUACUUGCAACCCGAAAUGGCCAGAAAUCACAAGGUUUGUUAGUAAAAGGGGACUACGACCAGAAGAUAGGCAAGACAUAUCCGUUCGAGUAUUUAGGUUGAAACUUCAAGAACUACUAACUGAUUUGAAGCAGGGAAAAGUAUUUGGCGAACACACUGCACUUGUUUCAACCAUCGAAUUUCAAAAGCGAGGGCUCCCCCAUGCCCACAUAAUUCUUUUUAUAAGACGUGAGGCACAACAACAUUUGAUCGAUAACAUAGACGAUUUCAUAAGUGCAGAACUACCACAUAAGGAGGAGAACCGAAAAUUAUAUGAGGCCGUCUCAGAAUGCAUGAUCCAUGGUCCUUGUGGAGCAGAUCGUUUAAAUUCACCUUGCAUGGUGAAUUCAAGGUGUUCAAAGGGUUUCCCAAAGAAUUAUGUAGAUCGUACAAAAGUUGAUGAUAAUGGAUAUCCAGUCUACAUGAGGAGAGACACAGGCAUCAUGGUAGAAAAAAAUGGAGUAAUACUUGAUAAUAGAUUUGUGGUGCCGUAUAACUCAUUUCUCAUUAUGAAAUAUCGGGCGCACAUCAAUGUUGAGUAUUGCAAUCAGGGUCAGUCUGUGAAAUAUCUCUUCAAGUACAUCACUAAAGCAAGUGAUAGGAUGGGCGCCAAAAUAACUAACACAAACAAUGAUGAAAUCUCCGAGUAUAUUGAUUGUAGAUACAUUUCUGCAUGUGAGGCUAUGUGGAGAAUAUUUGAAUUUUCAAUUCACUAUCGAACUCCACGUGUUGAGCGUUUGUAUUUUCAUUUAGAAGGAGAGCAAAACUGUGUGUUUAGGGAAGGUGAUUAUAUUGAUAAUGUCCUCACGAAGAAUACGAUCGCUGAAACACAAUUUCUCAAGUGGAUGGAAAUGAAUAAGAAUGAUGCAGAAGCUCGGCAAUGGUUAUACAGUGAGUUUCCCCAACAUUAUAUUUGGGAUAAAGAGAAAAGAAAAUGGAAGAAAAUAGAUAGAGGGUUCGCCAUAGGACGCAUAAUCCAUGUUCAUCCAUCUGCCGGGGACAUGUACCAUUUUAGAAUGCUACUAAAUCACGUUAGGGGUGCGACGUGUCACGAUGAUUUUCGUAUGGUGAAUGGUGAGAUGAAAGAGACUUACAAGGAAGCAUGUUAUGCAAUGGGAUUGUUAGACGAUGAUAAAGUGUACAUUGAAGGAAUUAUGGAGGCGAGUUCUUGGGGAUCAGGAGAUUAUCUGAGACGCCACUUCACAACUUUACUCUUAUCAAAUAGCAUGACAAUGCCCGAGGAAGUAUGGAAAAGAACUUGGCGAUUACUAUCAGACGACAUCCUUCACAUGAAACGGAAGACUCUAAGCAAGCCAGAUUUGCAGCUGACGGAUGACCAGUUAAAAAACCUUGCCUUAGCUGAAAUUGAAAAGUUGCUUGUGGCUAACUCUACCAGUCUUAUUAACUUUCCUACCAUGCCGUUACCGAAUGAGACUGUUAUAUCUUCUACUGUAAACUUGCUCAUCUUGGAAGAGACGUCUUAUAACAUUGAAGAAAUGAAUGCAGAGCAUCAUAAGCUAUAUCACUCUCUAACGGAUGAGCAAAAAAUUGUUUAUGAGAAGAUCAUGACUGCAGUUGAUAGUGGUAAGGGGGGACUUUUCUUUCUGUAUGGAUAUGAUGGUAUAGGAAAGACAUAUAUCUGGAAGACCUUAUGCUCGAGCUUACGUGGAAGAGGCGAUAUCGUACUACCUGUAGCCUCGAAUGGUAUAGCUUCAUUAUUACUCCCUAAAGGCAGAACUGCGCACUCGAGAUUUGGUAUACCGUUAGAUUGUGAUGAGAACUCCACAUGCCACAAGAUCAAGCCAGAUAGCGAUCUCACUGGACUCCUCAAGAAGACAAAACUCAUUAUUUGGGAUGAGGCACCUAUGACGCACAGAUACUGCUUUGAAGCGCUGGAUAGGAGCCUGAAGGAUGUUAUGCGAUCCCCUGAAGGAAGCUGUUCUAUGAAACCGUUUGGUGGUUUGGUUGUUGUGCUAGGGGGGGAUUUUAGGCAGAUCUUGCCAGUUGUCCCUAAUGGGAGCCGACACGACAUUGUGCAUGCUUCAAUAAGCUCUUCUCAACUUUGGACAUCGUGCAAAGUUCUGAGGUUGACUAAGAAUAUGAGAUUACAGGGAGGAGCGUCUGCUUCUGAUGCUGAAGACAUUAAGAAAUUUGCAGAAUGGAUACUUAGUAUAGGGGAUUGUACAGCUGGUGAGAGUAUUGGUGAUGGAGAAGCCGAUUUGAGGUUACCAGACGAUAUGAUAAUACGAGAUUCAAGUAAUCAUAUUGCAUCCAUAGUGAAAAGUACUUAUCCAGACGUACUGCAUACCCUGUCUAAUCCAGAAUAUUUUAAGGAUAGAGCUAUCUUGGCCCCAACCAAUGAUAUGGUUGAUUCGAUUAAUGAAUAUGUCAUGUCCUUGAUGCCUGCCGAAGAAAGGGUAUACCUUAGCUCGGAUAAUAUUUGCAAAGAUGAUGGAGAAGUUGACCUCAAUGAUGAAGUCUUUUCAGUUGAGUAUCUCAACAUGAUCAAGUGUUCGGGAUUGCCGAGUCAUGAAAUCAAAUUGAAGGAGGGGUGCAUUAUCAUGCUUCUCAGAAAUAUAGAUCCUUCAAACGAGCUUUGCAAUGGCACAAGGAUGAUAGUCACCAAACUUGGGGCCCGCGUGAUUGAAGCCAAGUUGAUUUCAGGUAAUAAUGCAGGCAAAAAGUUUCAUAUUGCGAGAAUGAUCAUGAGCCCCUCGGACUUCACAAAAUUUCCGAUUCGAUUUCAAAGGAGGCAAUUCCCACUGAGUCUUUGUUUUGCAAUGACAAUAAACAAAAGUCAGGGUCAGUCUCUUGCAAAUGUAGGUCUAUACCUACCGAAGCCUGUGUUCACCCACGGCCAAUUGUACGUUGCAGUCUCAAGAGUCACUAGCAAAAAAGGCCUCAAAAUUUUAACAUGUGAUGCGGAAGGACAGACGCACAACACAACUACUAACGUUGUGUACAAUGAAAUUUUUGAUAAACUAUGA